UUUUGAAAAGUUGACGAGAUCGUAGAAGUUUUCCAUAAAGGCACAUUGUUGACUCAACUUUUGCUCUUUGGAAAAAAAGAGAGGAAGCUUCGGACUUCCCAGACGGACAGAAAGACAAGUAGUCUGAACCAUAAACGGUUGACUAACCGAAAAAGCCCCCUUGACUUUCACUAUAUCCAAGUAAAGAAAAAGAAACCGCAGGGAUAAUAUCGUAGUUUCAAUCUCGCCGCGUGGUCACGGGGGUUAAACAAAGUCUUAAGCAGAGUCGUGGAACUAAUAAUAUUAAUCGAUUUUGAUUUAGUUUAAAACCUCUAGUCUCUUGUUUCUCUUUCUCAUUCUCUGCGUAACAGAACUUGUGGUCUGCUUCUAAAUUUGGGAGAGAAAAAGGGAAGAGAAGAAUGGGAGAAUGUAGGCCACUUGGUUUCUUGUUGGGGCUACCAUUUGCACUUGUCGCUCUCCUUCUAUCUCUUGUUGGUGCUGUCAUCUGGAUCAUUGGGACGAUACUGAGUUGUUUGUGCCCAUGUUGCUUCUGUUUUGCUGCGUUGGCUAACUUCGCCGUGGAUCUCAUCAAACUUCCUGUCAAAGUCCUCCGUUGGUUCACCCACUCCAUCCCUUGUUAAGACUAGACUCCAUUACUUGUAAAAAAAAAAAAAAUUAAUCUUCUUUUUCUUUACUAAAUUAAAUUUUGUCGCGAAAAUUGUUAUUUUUUUAAUGUAAUUUUUGGGUAAUAUUAGAAUGUUAAAUGUUCUUAAGAUAAGGCUUAUUUCUUGACCCGCCCCCAAAAAAUUUCCUCUACCAGGAAGUAAAGAAGCCAACCGAAAGUGGCAACUGAUUUUGCGUAAAUGAUAAAACCCCCAAAAUUGUUAACGGUUAUCAUUUAAAAAUCUACAGAGAACCGCCAGAACUAAACAUGAAUGAUGAGUAUCGUUGGUUUCGAAGAAGACCAACUUGUCUCAUAUUUCGAAGAUGUGGGUCAAAUGUUUUGGGCCCAAAGUGUAAUUGGGCUUAGGAGAUAUUAAUAGUCUAGAGAGAGAGAAGGUGGAGGAGAAGGGAGAGUUAUCCAAAGUGUGGGGUUUACCAACCCCAACACACUCAGAAAUGGAAAAAAAAAAAGAAGAGAAUUAUCGCAAUACGGAGAGAGUUGGUGGGAGCGCGGAUGGACAGAUGGAAAAAAGGAAAAAAAGAGGAGAGAGUAGGCGGGCGCGGUAGGUGAAGGAUAACGACGUCUCGCCAUCCACCCAUUUUUAUUUAUAUAUAUCCAAACAUUCCUCCUCUUAAUUCUCAGAUCUCUAAAUUCAAUCGGAAUCGAGAUCUCUCAACAUUGUUGUGUAUUGUAAUUUGUAUCA